UAGGUAGUUGGUUGCAGAGAGAGUAACCCUACUGCUGCAGGGAAGUAGGUUGCAGUCACUGCCUGAGCUGGAACCCAAUGUAGAGGGUGGGCCUGUGUGCCCCUACCAGCCACUGGGAAGUAGCAAGGGAGUUAGAGGCACCAGCCAGUGGGUCUGGAAAGACUUUGAAUUUCUCAGAAGUGGAGGACUUUAGUGUCCUGGCUCAGAGAGGAAGCUGUAGGCCCAGUAUGAGCAGGGCAGUAGAGUGAGACAAGAUGGGAGAAGCCAACACCAGAGGGAGAGUGCAAGCUGGAAGAACUAAUCCCCAGGAUGGCCAGCAGGAAGUGCUACUCAUGGAUCCUGGACACACUGGAACUAAGGACACCACCAGGACCACAGGACAUCAAAGAACAGGAACCACAAACAUGAACACCGGGAUACUCAGGACAGGAUCAGAUCUUAUCAUGAGUCAAAAAGAUUUGUCAGAAGAAGCUGAGGAGAGCCCUCAACCCUUAUGUAUCACCUGUGGCCAACCACAUUUACCAGAAGAGAACCACCUGUACAGCUACACAGAAGAAGUGGAUGAUGAUCUAAUAUGCCACAUCUGCCUGCAAGCUUUGAUCCAGCCACUGGACACUCCUUGUGGUCACACCUACUGCACAGUCUGCCUUACAAACUUCCUAGUGGAAAAAGACUUCUGCCCUGUGGAUCGCAAAAAUUUGAUUCUACAGUCUUGCAGAAAGUCCAACAUACUAGUAAAUAAACUCCUCGAUAAGCUAAUGGUUAGCUGCCCUUUCACAGAACACUGCUCAGAGGUUUUGCAACGUUGUGACCUUGAACAGCAUUUUCAAACCGGAUGUAAAGGAGCAUCCCAUUAUGGCCUUACCAAGGAACGAAAGAGACGUUCACAAGAUGACUCUCCAGACUGUAGUGCCACUUUAACCGUAGCGGCUCUUGGCCCAGAGCUCUCCGCAGCUGCAGCGAUUGCCUUAAUGACAGAUGAGCCAGGCCUAGUUAAUCCAGCCUUCAGCCCUGCCUCAGAAGACAACCAGUCAGGGAGCAGUUCUGAGGACCCCAGUAGGAGCAACCGAAACAGAAGUCGACCCUUCGAACGUUCCACUAUAAGAAGCAGAUCUUUUAAAAAAAUAAAUCGAGCUUUGAGUGUCCUUCGAAGGACGAAAAGCGGCAGUGCUGUAUCCAACCAGGCUGACCAGGAAAGGGAGUGUGUUGAAAACUGUCUUGCUGCAGAGGAAGAUUCAGAGUGCUCCAUACCACUCCCGAUGAGAAAUGUACAAGAGUAUGGAGAAAAAUCUGCAAGCAGAGUCACCAAAAACAAGACAGAAAGUUUACUUCUUUCUAGAUUCUGCCGUUCAACGAUAUAUAAAGACUGGAAGUGUAAAUGGGGAAAGAAAGCCUUCCCCAGGUUAUAUCACCUGAUUCCAGAUGGAGAAAUUACCAGUAUUAAGAUCAAUCGUACUGAUCCCAAAGAAAGUCUUGCCAUUAGAGUUGUGGGAGGCAGUGAGACGCCUUUGGUCCACAUCAUUAUACAACAUAUCUAUCGAGAUGGGGUGAUUGCCAGAGAUGGAAGAUUACUGCCGGGAGACAUGAUACUAAAGGUGAACGGCAUGGACAUCAUCAAUGUUCCUCACAACUAUGCCCUGUCAGUUCUGAAGCAGCCUUGUCAGGUGCUCCGGCUCACUGUGCUCAGAGAGCAGAGGUACCGAUGCCGUAACAACGGACUUUCUCUUGAUGCUCACUACAACAGGGAUGACAGUUUUCAUGUGGUUCUAAACAAAGGCAGUCCAGAUGAGCAGCUGGGAAUAAAGCUGGUCCGCAAGGCAGAUGAACCUGGGGUAUUUAUUUUCAACUUGCUGGAAGGAGGUGUGGCUGCCCGUGAUGGACAGCUUCGAGAAAAUGACCGGGUGUUAGCUAUUAAUGGCCAUGAUCUUCGGUACGGCAGUCCGGAAAAUGCAGCCCAGCUGAUACAGGCCAGUGAGAAGCGGGUUCACUUUAUUGUGUCACGGCAGACCAGACAGCAGACCCCUGACAUCUUGCAGGAGGCUGGGUGGAAUUACAACGGCAGUCCUCAGCCUUGCCCAUCGGAAAGAAACUGUCCUAACAAGAACACCCUUCAUGCUGUCACCUGUCAUGAGAAGGUGGUGUCUGUCCGGAAAGAUAACACAGAGUCACUGGGAAUGACUGUGGCAGGUGGAGCAUCUCACAGAGAAUGGGAUUUGCCCAUCUACGUGAUAAGCAUUGAAGCUGGAGGAGUCAUCAGCAGAGAUGGCAGAAUGAAAACAGGUGACAUUUUGCUGAAUGUGAAUGGAAUUGACCUGACUGGUGUCAGCCGUAGCGAGGCAGUAGCCCUAUUGAAAAACACCACCUCAUCUGUAGUGCUCAAAGCCUUGGAAAUGAAAGAAUGUGAGGCCCUGGAGGACAUGAGCCAUGUAUCACUUCCUGACACCACUCAGAACACAUCUGAUAACAGUGAAUGGUCACCUUCCUGGGUUAUGUGGCUUGAGCUGCCACGGUAUUUGUACAGCUGCAAAGAAAUUGCAUUACGAAGAAAUACAGCAGGAAGUCUUGGCUUCAGCAUCGUAGGCGGUUAUGAAGAACACAGUGGGAACAAACCAUUCUUUAUCAAAUCCAUCGUUGGAGGCACACCAGCAUACAAUGAUGGAAGAAUUAGAUGUGGUGAUAUCCUCCUCGCUGUCAAUGGCAGGAAUACAUCAGGAAUGAUGCAUGCCUGUUUGGCAAGGAUGCUCAAAGAACUGAAAGGAAAAAUUACUCUCACUCUUAUGUCCUGGCCUGGCACUUUUUUAUAAAACAAGUAUUCAUGGAAAAAUGACAAAUCAUUUGACACAGAAAACAAGCUAUUUACUAUGGACAUCAGUUUUCCUACAGUUUUUUGGUCAACUGUAUAUUUGUAAAUAAUUAAAAAAAAGUUUGUGAAAUGUAACUUUGCAUGUCAAGAUGAUCUUGAGAAAACAUGACACCUGUCAGAGUAACGUGCACUUUGAAAAAAAGCAAAACUACUGAAAUUCUAGAUCAGGGUACAAUUCUCAUGUGGUUAAGUUUGUAUUUUUAUAUUUGAUUCAUUAUAAUGAAGUCCAUUAAAAAGCAGCAGCAGCAAUUCUGUUCACUACCAUUUUCAAGCUAUAAAAAAGUUAUGGAUAUGUAACUUGGAAAAAUACUUGGCAGGCUCUUGAAAUGAUAAACUUGAAAUGUUUUUGUAAUGCUUAAAUCAGUUGACUGUUUCUACCCAACAUGUGAAAAGCACUUUAAUCAAAUAAUGUUCCUUUUCAUGGUCAGUAUGAUGCUGAUAUUUUCAAGACUUUCAAAUAUUUUGUCUGGUAGGAUGUAAUACUGUGAAUGAGAUUUUAUUUCUUAUUAAAAAUAAAUGUAACUAUUGUA